UUGGAAUGGCGGAGCCGGGACCGGAGCAGGAGCCGGGGCCGGGGCAGGGGCAGAGCCCGAGCCCGGGGCAGGGGCCGGGGCAGGAGCUGGGCUCGGACGUGAAGAAGUGCGGGGUGCUGCGGAAGUGGAAGAGCCUGCACCGGCGGUACUGCGUGCUGCGGUCGGCGAGUGACAGCGGACCCGCGCGCCUCGAGCUCUACGACAGCGAGAAGAAGUUCCGCAGCCGCGGCGCGGGUCCCCGCCGCGCGCUCCCGCUCAGCUCCUGCUUCACCGUCAACAAGCGGCGCGACGCGCGCUCCCGAUACCUGCUCUGCGUGUACACGCGCAGCGAGAGCGUGUGCCUGGCGGCGGCGGGAGCGGAGGAGCAGGAGAGCUGGUACCGCGCACUGAGCGCGCAGCUGGGUAAAUCUCACGUGGAGAAUGGGGACGCAAACUACACCGCGGUGCCAGGGCCACCUUUCAAGGAGGUGUGGCAGGUUAACCUUCGACCCCGAGGCCUGGGCCACACGCGGAACAUGAGCGGCAUCUACCGGCUGUGCCUGACGGACAAGACGGUCAACCUGGUCAAGCUGAACUCUGAGGCCGCGGCCGUGGUGCUGCAGCUGAUGAACAUCCGUCGGUGCGGCCACUCCGAGAAUUUUUUCUUCGUGGAGGUGGGCCGCUCAGCGGUGACCGGGCCCGGCGAGUUCUGGAUGCAGGUGGACGACUCGGUGCUGGCCCAGAACAUGCACGAAACCAUCCUGGAGGCCAUGAAGGCCAUGAGUGAGGAGUUCCGGCUGCGCAGCAAGAGCCAGUCCUCGGGCACCAACCCCAUCUCGGUCCCACCCCGCCGGCACCACCCGCCCCCCAGCCGGGUGGGCUUGGCCGCGAGGCGGGGGGCGCCCACCUCACCCGGGCAGGGUCCUGGCUCCACCCGGGCGCGGACCCCCGGCGACGGUGCUGCCUCCUCGUGCCCACCCUCGGCCGACGAGGCCCCCUGCAGCCCCCCGCCCAGCCAGGGAACGCCCGGGGCCCGCCCUCUGCCUCCCCCACCCCCGUCCCGCUCGACCCCUGACCUGGCCUCCAGUCCCCUCGGCCUCCCCCGCGGCGGCUUCUCCUCUUCCUCCUCGCUGCCCUCCUCCUCUUCUGACGGCGAGGGGUACGGGUCCAGCCCCAGCUCGCCAGGAGGAGGAAGGCCGCUUCAUGACUACGUGGCCAUGGGCGGCCUAGGGCAGCGCCAACCACAGUGCCAACUGCGGAGGAGGCCCAGCAGCCGAGGGGGGGAGGACGAGGAGGAGGAGGAGGCUGACAGGGGUUUGAGUAUUCGGGCCUGGUCAGGCAGGCUUCGCCCCGAGCUCCUGGAAACAGGGCGCGGUCAGGGCACCGAUCAGGGCUACGUGGCCAUGCUGCCCAAUGUGGCGGUGCCCAGCGACGAUGACUACAUGGCCAUGACCCCCAAAGGCCCUUCGGCCCCUCACCGGGACGAGAGCCCAGCGGGGGGCUACGUGCUGAUGUCACCCAGCGGGAGCUGCUCGCCUGACUGGGCCCGGCUCCCGGGGGGUGGCAGCACGGGAGGAGACUACAUGAACAUGUCACCGGCCAGCACCCCUCCGUCCUGCCACCAACGCUGCCCGGCCAGGCCUCACCAGGAGGGCUGUACCCCCCCAGACCCCCGAUCCCCCCACUGCUACCACUCCCUGCCUCGCUCCUACAAGCAGCUGGACCCGGCUCUGUCUGCCUCCUCGGAGCGCCGCGCUCCCUCCUCCCCUUCCCCCCCCCUCGGGCCGUCUCAUCCUCCCCUCCUCCUCCUCCUCCCCCUCAGCCCGCCCCGUCCCCUCCUCUGCCCCCACGGGCCGCCUCACCCCCUCCUCCUCCCCCUCAGGCUAUCUUGCCCCCUGCUCCUCCUCCCCCUCAGCCCAGCUCGCCCCCUCCUCCUCCCCCUCAGCCCGCUUUGCCCCCUCUUCCACCCCCACAGGCCGCCUCACCCCCUCCUCCUCCCCCUCAGGCUACCUUGCCCCCUGCUCUUCCUCCCCCUCAGCCCGCCUCAUCCCCUCCUCCACCCUCUCAGCUACCUUGCCCCCUCUACCUCCCCCUCAGCCCGCCUCGCCCCCUCCUCCUCCUCCUCGACUGGCAGCAGUGAGAGCUUGAUGGAGGCUGAAAGUGGGAAGCCCCUUGCCCACCGCCAGCCCGCGUCCCCCCUCGACCCGGUGAGAGCCAGCACCCUGCCCCGGCGGAGGGACAGCUCGCUGGCCGCUGAGUCCCAGAGCCUGGGGGAGUACGUCAGUAUCGAGUUCCGAGACCCGCAGUCUGGCUCCCGCUCCCUGAGAGGACCCUGGGUAAGCCCCUCUGAGUAUGUCAAUGUUGGCUUUGGCCCCCGGGCCCAUCCUCCUCCUCCUCCUCCUCCUCCCCUCGGCCCGGGGAGGGUGGGCAGCCCGGUUCCCGGUGACACAGCCUGCCCCCCGGUGGCGUCGUUGCCCGAGGGAGCCCGGGACUCUGCCAGGGGGUCAGAUCGGGGGGUCCAGGGAAUUUGCGCCGAGCUCCAGGGGCGCAGGCGUCAUUGCUCUGAGACCUUCCCAAGCGCCCCUCGUGCACCUGGACCCUCGGAGGGCUGCUCCCACCACUCCGGGCGCCGCGGCUCGGCCUCCUCGGAGAGCACCGAAGCCGGGGAUUCAGCUCCGCGCCCCGGGAUGUCGCGCCACAUGUCCGUCGGCUUCGAGAACGGCCUGAACUACAUCGACCUGGACCUGGGGAUGGACAGCACCUGCGCUGACACGCCCGCCUUACAGCCGAGACUUCACACGCCCACCGGCUCCUUGAACACCUACGCCAGCAUCGAUUUUCACAAAUCUGGAGAACUGAGAAGCCAUAAAAGUAACAAAAAUGUGACCUCAGCCAGUGCUGGAAAAGACCAAGAGAGACAUGGGGAGUCUGUUCUGGGGAAAGGUCAGCGAUCUCUCUUUGUGUGUUCUGCUUGGUGUGCCAUGUCUGGGGGGGUGCGAUGCUGCCCGCCAUGUCGGCGCAGUCGAGCAGCUUUCCGGGUAUUCCUGGCAUGCGACGGAUGCCGGGAUAUUCUCCGGGUAUCUCUGUCGAGGAAUGUGCUGAGUCUCCUUCUGUGA